CUACCCGGAAACUAUUCAAAGAACGUGUGGGGAAAAGCAGAGAGAGAUAGAGAGAGAGAGAGAGAUCUACAUCUGAAUGAGCGCCUGUCAUUAGUACUCGGAACUUUCCUUGCAUCCCAUUUUGAGAUUUAAGGCACAAUCAGAGUAUGGGGGAUGAGACCACCACAUGGAUGCCAAAUAUAAAGAAUAUAACUGUGAGUAAACAAUGGGGUUGACAGUAAAGGAGAGAAGGACAAAAUAGAUGUAAUUGGCACUCUCAGUAUUUCUGUGUAGGAUGCAGAAUGUUGUCUUUAUAAUAGUUACAAGAAGAAAGAAGCUUAACUUGAUGUAUAGGUGUAUAGAUUUUUUUGGCUUUUUUUUUUUUUUAAAUAGCUGCUUUGGAGCAAAAUACGUUCAAGGAUAUUUUAACAUUUCUUACUUUGCUUGUUGACUUGCCUCCACCCCAAGAAUGACAUUCGCACAGACUUGUCAGGCUGUAACAUGUGGAGUUAGAUUGUGCAACAUUAUCUAAAGCAUUGUGAAAAGUAUAAUUGAAAAAAGUAUUAGUGUGGCAAGACACCGAUUUGUGUAUUGUGUACUGUACUGCAUUCGGAUUGUCACCAGUGGUUCAAAACAGAAACAUAAAAGGUGACUUAAAAGGAAGUGACUUAAGCUAAAAGGCAGCACAAGAGACUUGUGGGCUACCUGACGAUUGGAUGAUCAGUAGGGGCUUCAUCUCGUUACUUCUUUGGUAGACACUGAAUGACAGAGAGCAGUGUUGAAGCUACUGUGAAACGGAAGUAAUAGAUAUCUGGAAACACAGAGAUCAUUGCAGAUCUAGACACAUUCUGAAUCCUGACCAGAUGGGGGCUGGCUUUUGGCUCAUGUGCAUCUUCAUUUGUGAAUCUACUCGGCAAACAACCUCAUAGAGAAAGACGGCACGUCACAGUCCUUUUGGCAAUGGCUGGAAGUUUGAUGGGAUUCGUUCGAAGCCUCGAGACAGAUUCAUCUAGCUCUGAAUCUCAGCCAUUAACAAGUUCAGACCAUAAACUCCUCGACAAGGCUCUAAAAAGCCUACAGAAACUGUAUAAGCUGUGCACUGAUCCACGGCUAUGUCUAAAGAAUAGUUCACCUUACCUUCCUGAGCUGGUGAGGGAGACUGUAAAUCUCAUGAUGGAUAUAUGGGCUCCUUAUAAAGGCUCACUCCCAGCCGUGCCACGAGGGGACGAGGGAGAGUACCUGAGGAUCCAUGUCCAACACUUGCUGGAGAAGACAGACAGGGCCAUCCUGCUGUUCAAGGAGGGAAAAGAUAAGAUGUUUGAGGAAAACUCAAGCUACAGGAGAAACUUGACAAAGCUGUCUUUGCUGUUCAGUCAUAUGCUGUGGGAACUACGGGCUAUAUUUCCAGAUGGCCAAUUUCAGGGUGAUACCUACAACCUGACAAAAACAGAAGCAAAAGAGUUCUGGAGGAAGAUAUUUCGACACAAGUGCAUAGUUAAGUGGAGUAUAUUUAAGCAGCAUUUGAAAAAUGUUCACAACUUUGAAGAGGGGAUGGAGGCGAUGGCUCUGAAGUCAACAGUUGACCUCACUUGUAAUGAUCAUGUUUCUAUCUUUGAGUUUGACAUCUUCACCAGACUGUUUCAGCCUUGGUCAACACUGCUGAGGAAUUGGAAUCAUUUAGCAGUGACUCACCCAGGUUACAUGGCCUUUCUCACUUAUGACCAAGUACAAGCCAGACUGGAACACCACAGACAUCGUCCUGGCAGCUACAUCUUUCGUCUCAGCUGCACAAGAAUGGGCCAGUGGGCAAUUGGUUAUGUGAGCCACAAUUGCAGCAUUCUACAAACCAUUUCAGAGAAUACGCCUCUGUACCAGGCUCUAAUACAGGGCUUCAAACAGGGAUGCUACUUGUACCCAGAUGGACGUGAUAUGAACCCUGAUCUCACCGCCCUGUGUAUGCCAUCUCAGAAGGGCUGCAUUAAAGUUACAGAGGAGCAAUAUGAGUUAUAUUGUGAAAUGGGCAGCACAUUUCAGCUGUGUAAGAUUUGUACAGAGAGAGAAAAGGACACUCGCAUUCAGCCCUGUGGACAUCUGCUCUGCCGGCCUUGUCUCACUGGCUGGCAGAAGUCAAAUGCACACACCUGCCCUUACUGCCGCUGUGACAUUAAAGGGACAGAGUCUAUCCUCGUUGAACCAUAUCAGCCCACAAGAGACACCGCACACGGAAGAAGACAAGAAGACGAAGAAGAAGAAGAUGAUGAUGAUGAUGAUGAUGAUGAAGACCAUGAAGAUGUGGAAACAGUCAUGAAAAAACUGGCUGCUAUGAAAAGGGCAUCACAAGAGGAGAAUCAGGUCCCUAGUUCCAGUUUAGUGCCUCCUCCACUUCCACCAAAACAGAACACCAUGUCCUCUCCAUGCCCAUCUCGCAAACCACACGACUAUCCUUCCAUCAGUAACAGGCUGGUUAAAGGUCACAGUAACACAAUUACCUGUAUUGAUGUGAUACAUUCAGAAAGCCAUUUAAAUCAGAAUAAGGAAACCUCAGACAGACAACUGCAUUGUGAUGCAGAGCAGAGCCAUACAUCACUCUUCCAGUCAGGCAGAAAAGGUGGAGCUUCAUGGUCAGGGUCUCCACAUUCAGGAAAAAAGAAGAAAGAAAAGAAGGGAACAGGUGAAAGAAAGGAGUGAUUUGGAAGCAGAGUUGCUAACAGGAAGUAAAAGCCAAAAAAGUUCUCAGAGACAGAGACAGUGCUCAUCUUUGACAUUCCUGGAGGAUUUCACCAUGCAAUACCAUCUAUCCAUCUAUCACCUAUGGGCGAUUUGUAUAUUAGCCAGUUGACCUAAUCCAUGUCUUUGCAAAAACGAUACAGGAUUUAUCUUUUAAUGUCCUGAUCUCCAGAUCUUUAACCCAGCCACAUAUAAAAAGUUGUACUCCUCCAUGCUCUUCUAGGUUUUCUUCUGUUUGUCCAUGCAAAACGAUGUCUGCACCACCAGGUAGUUUGAGAUGUCAGGGAACUCAACAGAUGGAUAAUUUUCCAACUCAUGAUGAAUGAAUAACUUUAUUUAAACACAAUAAGUUGAUCAGCAGAGCUGGUGGGGUUGUGUACAGAUACAAAUAAUUACAAAUUCAAAAGACUAAAAAUAAACACAAUCUUAAAAAAACCUUUAAAUCUGUUGAUUAUCUGCUAAUUAUCUUCACAUUAAGUUAAUUAAUAGUAUGCAUAACUAUUGUCUUUUUAUUUAGUUCCGGCUACAAAAUGAUCAAAAUUUAUUCUACUAAUGUCAAUUUUAGCUAGUAAAUUUUUCUUUCACAGAAAAAAAUCCUUCUUUGUUAGCAUGUAAGGAUCUAAUCCCAUUGAGUGGUUUCUAUAUCCACUUCUUUUGAGUGCAUUUAUUGGUUUUAAUAACUUGCUUGUUUGCUGUACACAAACAUGGCAAUAAGUUCUUGUGUUAAUGGACCAGACUCCACUUUUGGAUCAUUAAUCCCUUUUGGCUGAGAAUGACCUGCAUGCAUGGUUUGGCUUCUGGUACAUCCAUAUGGUUUUAAAUACAAUACCUACAAUUAAAAACA